UUACCCAAAUAAUUUUCUCAAUAUACUGACAAUCACUAUAAGAUUCAGGGUUUAUUUUUCUUCAGAGUUUCACUUUCAGACCAUGGAUCAUAUUCAGCAAGGAACUGAAAGUUGUGCUUUGCUGUGUGAUCAGUUGCUACUGUUGAUAUGGAAAUCCCUGUUACCAUGAAAUUUGAUGAAUAAUUUACUGGUUAACCAUGAAUGUCAGUUUGAUUAAAAAUAUAUAUUUUUAUGUAGGUAGUAACAAGGUAUUAUAUUUUGCUCUUAACAUACAAAAUAGAAAUGUAUUUUAUAUGAACAUCAGCGUGAGCACAGUUCCUGUUUUGAGUCACACAGGUUUCCUGCACAUAAAGAGCAGAAGGAGGAACUAAUGUGUCAUUUGCUCUGCGUCAGUGUUCAGUAAAGCACACGUGUGCAGCGCUUUUCUCAUCAGGUAGACAUGAACAACAGUGUGAAUACAACCGGGCCAGAGCUGGGUUACGCUGUGGUCUUUGGAUCUGUUAUGGUGCUGGGUUUGCCUCUCAAUGCUGUGGCACUGUGGAUUCUGCUUCGACGCCACAGCCUCAAAUCCCCCAGUGCUGUUUUCAUGGUCAACCUGGCCAUCUCAGACCUGCUGCUGGUCAUCUCCCUGCCCAUGAGGGUCUACUUUUAUGCUACAGGUACCUGGCCUCUGAGCUUCACUGCAUGCUCCUGGAUUACAAUGCUCUUUGUCAACAACAUCCGCUCAAGCUCCAUCUUCAUCACAUUCAUCAGCAUAGAUCGGCUGCUGGCUGUAGUUUAUCCUCUGAGGACACGCCAUUUGCGAACCACUUCCAACGCCUGGAAAUCUGCUGUGCUCAUUUGGAUUUUUGUGACUGUGGUGAACAUCCCAGAGAGAAUUAUUUUUUCUCAAAGAAACAAAAAUGAAUCUACGCCUACCUGUUUUCAAUUUGAGCAGCAGCCUGUAACAGGACUGGAAUACAUUCAGCCUGUGUUAGUGUUUAUUCUGCUGACCAUCAACAUUGUGUCCACUGCUUUGGUGUCUUGGACUCUACGCAGACAUCUCACUGACUCCACAAGGAUCAACAACAAGAUGAAUGUCAUGCUGAUUUUUGCCAUGAACUUGGUAAUGUUCACCAUAUGUUUCGUGCCUGUGUCGAUUGGUAUUAUAAUUUGGACACCAGAAUUUCCGUCUUUGAUAUGGCUUGCUAGUCUGAACUGUUGUCUGGAUCCACUGUUGUACUACUUUUGUUUGGAUUCCUUCUGGAAGAAAAAAGAGGAUGUGGAUUCUAGUCCUGUCCAAAAGUAACA